AUGCGUGCUUUCAAGACAAUUUUCUUUUCUCAAUUACUAAUAGGUGGUAAUUGUGCAAGUUUCAUACGUAAAGAUGGUUGGGAUAUACCAGACAAUGAUAUAUUACCUUCUCCUGUCCACGAGCCUAAUUAUGAUAGCUGUUGUAAACAAUGUCAAGCAACUUCUGAAUGUACUGCUUUUACAUUUGAGCCAUCAAGUGAACGAUGUUGGCCGAAAAGAAGUAUAGGUAGUGGUGGAAACGCAAUUGGUGGUACUGUCACUGGAUAUAAUCUAACAGCUUUUGACUCAAAAGUUUAUUAUCGUUUUACAACAUUAUGGCAAGGUGAUGAUAAAUCUCUUUCUAUUAUUAAUGAUGGUAUAAAUAAUAAUCAACUUAUACUUGAUACAACUGAUAAUAAUAGUGGACAACAGUGGAAGAUUACUUUAAUUGGUAAUGGAUAUCAUCGCUUGACAACACUGUGGCGGGGCGAUGGUAAAUCGCUUGAUAUUGUUGAUGAUGAUAUAAACGAUGCUCAACCUAUACUCGCUACGACUAGUAAUAGUAGUGGUCAAUACUGGAAGAUUACUUUACUCGAUAAUGGAUGUUAUCGCUUGACAACAUUACGGCAAGGUGAUGGUAAAUCUCUUGAUAUUAUUAAUGAUGGUAUAAAUAAUAAUAAACCAAUACUUGCUACAACUGGUUCUUUUCAAGGACAAUAUUGGAAAAUAACAGAACUGUAA